UUACAGUAGAGUAGAUAUUUAGUUAUGGGCAAAGAUUUAACACUUUUAUUUAAAACAAAUGUAAGCAAUCAAAAAGUGUAUUUUAAUGAAGAAAAAAAUAAAAAUUCUAAAAAAAUAAAAGAUUUAGACUCAUUUUCUCAGGAAUCAAAUGAAAUUGUUAAUUGCUUAAAUCAAUUACAAUCUCUAAUAUAUGACAACAGAGUAAAAAAUCAGGAUAUCAGGUUUUUAAAACAAUAUUUUGAUUGUAACAAAGAAAAAAAUAUGGAAGAUUUAGUUAAUAUUGUAUUAAAUAGCUCAUUUCAAAAAUUAGCUUUGCUCAAAAAUGCAUAUUUAGAAUCAUUGUCACCUCAACAUAAUAUGCAUCGUAAAUUAGUUUGUGAUUCAAUAUUGACCCUAAUAAAGAGAGUCUCUCAGUCAUUUGUUCAAGAAAGAACUAUGAAAGCACAAAAGAUUAUGCAACAUAUUGACAUUUCACGCUUGCAAAGAAAACAAAUAAAAGUUUCCAGAGUUUUUGAAAAAGAAAAAAAUGUUUUUCCUUACGCAUCAUCAUCGACCACUCAUUCCAAUGCCUUAAAUAAUGGCCUUGACGGUUCUACUGAUAAGAAAACAAAUUAUUCAAAAUAUGGUACUAAUUUGGAUGCGGAUUUAAAUCAAAAUACAGAGGAUCGGGCAAAUGAGAAAAGUUCGAAUUUUACUCAGGAAGAGAUCCAGGAGUUCGAACAAGAAAAUCGGAAAAUAUACGAGGAAUACACGUCAUCGUUAAAUGAAAUACAAUCAAUCGAGAAAAAGAUGGUCGAAAUAUCGCGUCUACAGGAUGUACUGACGGACAACCUUUUGACACAGGAUGAAAGCAUAGACAGGGUUGCUGAUAGUACAGUUAACACUACAGAAAAUGUUAAACAAGGGAAUGUCGAAAUUUUGCAAGCACUUCAACACAAAGCAGGGGUCAGAGUUUGGAUGCUAUUCAUUUUAAUCGUAUUGACCUUUUCGUUGUUGUUUCUAGACUGGUACAAUCCCUGAUGGCUUAUUUGGAAUCUAGCAUUUUAUUAUAUUAUAUGACCUAUGCCUUUUAAAUUAUGUAUUGUUUUGUGUGAACUCUUAAAAAUAAUCUGGGCAUCGCAAAACAUUUGUCAUUGAUUUGAAUCAAUAUUUCGAGUCAAUAA